AUGUCACACAAACUACUAUCAUCACCACUGCGAAAUGCAUUGAUUUCAAAAUCUUCAAUUAAAUAUACUCACAAAUUGCGUUCCUUUUAUUCUAUUAAACAGAGCUCACAAGAAUCACAAGUACCAUGCCAAUCUGAUGUUGUAAAGGAAGAACUUCCAACUGUAAAUCCUGUUGGAAUUCAAUAUUUGAGCCGUUAUUUACACAAACAAUUAUUUAAGCAGCAAAUUAAAUCAACUUCAAAAGACCAGAAAAGAAUUAAGCUGGCAAAAAGAGGCCUAAACCAUCACAAAUUGUUAGGUAAAAAGACAUCUAUUAGAACUCCAAUUCAAUUAAAUUUGCCAGAAUUACAAGGUAAUUCAUUGGAUGAACAUUUUCAGAGAAUAGGUAAUUAUUUAGGCCAAUCAUACAAAGAUAAAUGCAUUCAUAAGUUCACAACCUUACCUCAGAAGCCUCGUAACUGGUUAAGACAAAAGGGUUGGGUAAGAUAUGUUCCAGGCAAAGAACCUAUUCCAGUUGACGUUCCAUUAGAAGAUACAAUAGUAUUUGAUGUUGAAACUUUAUAUAAAAUUUCUCAUUAUCCAACUCUUGCGGUAGCGGUAUCUUCUAAGGCUUGGUACUUAUGGUGCUCACCUUAUAUAUCUGAAGAUGGCUGUGAGGAUUUUAAACAUCUGAUCUCACUUGGUGAUCCAACUAAAGAAAGAAUAAUUAUUGGCCACAACGUGUCCUACGAUAGAGCAAGAGUGUCUGAAGAAUAUAAUUUAGUUGACUCAAAAUCAUUUUAUAUGGAUACUUUAUCCCUUCAUAUUGCUACUACAGGUUUAUGCUCUAGACAAAGGUCUAAAUUCAUGCAAACUAAGAGGGAACUAGCUAAUGCCAAUAAUGAAGAAAAUGCCAAUUCAUCAGAACUUGAUGGCAUUGAUAUGAGUUCCGAAGACGCUCAGAAUUUCAUGUAUUCUGAUGAUCCAUGGCUACAACUAUCAUCUAUGAAUUCUUUGAAAGAUGUGGCUUGGCUUCAUUGCAGAAUUAAAAUGAACAAAGAUGCUCGUGAUUAUUUUGCAGCAUUGGAUAAGCAAGUAGUAAUUGAUAAUUUCCAAAUGCUAGUUAAUUACUGUAUGACUGAUGUUGAAGUUACGUCAAAGGUAUUUGAUAAAGUAUUUCCAACAUUUUUAAAACAAUGCCCACACCCUAUAUCAUUUGCUGCUUUAAGAUAUUUAUCAAAAUGUAUUCUACCAACAAACAAUACUGGCUGGAAUGAUUAUAUUAAUCGUUCCGAAGAUUUAUAUCAAACAUCCAAAAACAAGACUGAGGAUAAAUUAAUCCAAAUCGUAGAAGAUUUAGUGCAAAAGGAUCCCGCAGAUAUUGAAAAUGAUCCCUGGCUAAGCCAGUUAGACUGGGAGACUAAACCAAUUAGAAUGACUAAAAAAGGUGUUCCAGUAAAAAAUCAGAAAUUACCUGGAUAUCCUGAAUGGUAUAAGAACUUAUUCCCUCGUAAGGAUAGCUUAAAUCCUCAGAUUACUUUAAGAACAAGAAUUAUCCCAUUAUUAUUUAAAUUAUCUUGGGAAGAUUUUCCAGUAAUUUGGAGUGAUGGAAAUGGUUGGUGUUUUAGAGUCCCAAAAUUAGAGGAAGAAAAAUUUAUGGAAAAAAACUAUAGACAUGCCUCAUUAACUGACGAGGAAGAAUUGAUAGAUGAUGGUGAAACAGUAUUAUUUAAAAUUCCUCAUCCAAAUGGUCCUGAGCUAAACUGUACUACUUUGAUGAGUAAACCAUUUCUUCAUUAUUUUGAUAAAGGAAUUUUAAAAUCUCGUAGUGACAUGGCUAAGGAUGCUCUGACUAUAAACGCAUCUGGUUCUUAUUGGAUGUCUGCAAGAGAAAGAAUUAUGUCGCAAUUUGUAGUACCUUUACAGGAUGAGAAAGAAGACGUUGGGUUAAUAGUACCAAAGUUAAUAACAAUGGGGACUGUAACAAGACGUGCUGUGGAAAACACAUGGUUAACUGCUUCUAAUGCCAAGAAUAAUCGUAUUGGUAGUGAGUUAAAAGCGAUGAUUAGUGCACCUACUGGAUAUAGUUUUGUUGGUGCAGAUGUUGAUAGUGAAGAAUUAUGGAUUGCAUCUCUAGUAGGAGAUUCGGUAUUCAAAUUGCAUGGUGGCACUGCCAUCGGCUGGAUGUGUUUAGAAGGUACCAAAAAUGAAGGUACAGAUUUACAUACCAAGACUGCCGAAAUUUUGGGAUGUACACGUAAUGAAGCCAAAGUAUUCAAUUAUGGUCGUAUUUAUGGUGCAGGUGUUCGAUUUGCUAGUCAAUUAUUAAAAAAUUUUAAUCCAAAUCUAAGUCCUGGGGAUUGUUCUGCCAUUGCCAAAAAAUUAUACGAAAGUACAAAGGGUAAAAUUAAAAGAAAUAACAAGUUUAAGUUCCCAAAAUUUUGGUAUGGUGGUAGCGAAAGUAUUUUAUUUAAUCAGUUAGAACAGAUUGCUGAACAACCAUAUCCUCGCACUCCAGUACUUGGGUGUGGUAUUACCAAGAGUCUACAAAAAGGUAAUUUAAAUGCCAAUAAUUCAUAUUUACCAUCAAGGAUUAAUUGGUGUAUUCAAUCUAGUGGUGUUGAUUAUUUACAUCUAUUAGUAUGCUCUAUGGAUUAUUUAAUUCAAAGAUACCAAUUAAAAGCUAGAUUAUGUAUUACCAUUCAUGAUGAAAUUAGAUAUCUUGUUAAGGAAGAAGAUAAAUAUAAAGUUGCCAUGGCAUUGCAAAUCAGUAAUCUUUGGACUCGUAGCAUAUUUUGUGAACAAAUGGGCAUUUAUGAUUUGCCUCAAAAUUGCGCAUUCUUUACUGCAAUUGACAUUGAUCAUAUAUUGAGAAAGGAGGUUGAUAUGGACUGUGUAACACCAUCAAAUCAAGACCCAUUAUUACCAUUCGGUGAGAGCUUAGAUAUUUAUAAAUUAUUAGAGAAAAUUGGCAAGGAGGGACUAGGUAAAGAAAUGAAAAAAAUAGAUACAAACAAAUACCCAUUUAAACCACGUGAACAUGUACUGGAGGAGUAUAAUAAAGCAUUUAGUACAAAUUUUUUGGAAUAUUUUCUUGAAAUGCAACUGAAAACAAAGGAAUCUCACAUAAAAGAUGCACAAACAGAAUUAGAACAAAGAGAAACAGAAGCAAUCUGGGAGAAUGAUAAAUCAGAUGAAGAUCAGUUCGGGUACAAGGAUUACUUGGCCAAAUUGAAACAAGACUUGGUCGCCAGGAAAGAGCUUACGAGAGAGACACUAUAUACAAAACGGGAAAAUAGGGAUACAUUUGAUGCCCUUGCUGAUAAACAGGAAAACAUGAUAAAUGAACUCAUGAUUGAUACCAUAGAUAUAGAAAUUAAAUCUGAAAAUAAUUCCAAGAGUUCCAGUCAGAUGAAAGACUCUACUAUAACUGAUCAUACAUUUCUGAGACAUAUAAAUCCCAGUAAUACUACUAGGGACCGUCCACUGACUUCCUCUUCUUAG